GAGCCAUGGCCGUCCUCUGGAUCCUCUCUUGUCUCGCCUUCGCCGGCGCCGCCUACGGGUGCGGCACCCCCGCCAUCCCUCCCGUCAUCACCGGAUAUUCUCGUAUCGUCAACGGUGAGGAGGCGGUGCCCCACUCCUGGCCCUGGCAGGUGUCCCUGCAGGACUCCACUGGCUUCCACUUCUGUGGAGGUUCCCUGGUUAACGAGCUCUGGGUGGUGACGGCGGCUCACUGCAACGUCAGGACGUCCCACCGCGUCGUCCUCGGGGAACACGACCGCUCGUCCAACGCCGAGGACAUCCAGGUGAUGAAGGUGUCCCAGGUGUUCAAGCACCCCCGCUACAACGGCUUCACCAUCAACAACGACAUCCUGCUGGUGAAGCUGGCGACCCCCGCCCAGCUCGGCGUGCGCGUGGCCCCCGUGUGCGUGGCCGAGUCCGGGGACAACUUCCCCGGAGGCAUGAUGUGCGUGACCAGCGGCUGGGGCCUGACCCGCUACAACGCCCCCGACACCCCCGCCCUUCUGCAGCAGGCCGCUCUCCCCCUGCUGACCAAUGAGAAGUGCCGCGGUUACUGGGGCAACAAGAUCACCGAGCUGAUGAUCUGCGCCGGAGCGUCCGGGGCAUCUUCCUGCAUGGGCGACUCCGGCGGUCCACUGGUCUGCCAGAAGGCCGGCGCCUGGACCCUGGUCGGCAUCGUGUCCUGGGGCAGCGGCACCUGCACUCCCACAAUCCCCGGCGUGUACGCCCGCGUCACCGAGCUCCGCGCCUGGAUGGACCAGACCAUCGCCGCCAACUGAGCGUCCCUCUGAACCUCGCCAUCAAUAAAUCUCACAAACUCA